CACACACACACACACACACAUCUCUCUCUCUCUCUCUAUGUGGCACAUGCACACAACGCGUAACGAAUCAAGAUUUUUUUGUAUAAAUGGAUACUUAAUUUCCAUCUUCAUAUUCUUGCAUUUCCCUUUUACUUCAGCUAAUAGUUUUUAAAGGGUUUUUUGAGUUUAGGAUUUUGGCAUUUUUUAUCACGUACAAAAAGUGGUAUAGCCAAAAUUAUAUAAUAGAGUGUUCGCAUAUAAGAAAAAAAACCAAGAAUGGAAAAAUUCUCUGGUUGUAACAAAAACGAAGAGCAAAUCGAGUUGCCACCCGGUUUUCGAUUCCACCCGACAGACGAAGAGCUGAUAACUCAUUACUUAUCUCCCAAAGUAAUCGACGGCAACUACAUCACCAAAGCUAUAGGAGAUGUUGACCUCAACAAAGUCGAACCUUGGGAUUUGCCUUGGAAGGCGAAAAUGGGAGAGAAAGAGUGGUAUUUUUUCUGCGUGAGAGACCGAAAGUAUCCGACCGGUUUGAGGACUAAUAGAGCUACCGAAGCUGGAUAUUGGAAGGCAACCGGAAAAGAUAAAGAGAUUUUUAGAGGCAAAUUCUUGGUCGGGAUGAAAAAAACACUUGUUUUCUACAAAGGCAGAGCUCCCAAGGGAGAAAAAACCAAUUGGGUUAUGCACGAAUAUCGAUUGGAGAGCAAGCAUUCCUUGCAAAAUCUCCCCAAAACUGCUAAUAAUGAAUGGGUGAUAUGCAGAAUAUUUAAGAAGAGUAGUGACGGAAAAAUAGUGCCGAUAUCAGGGCUUGCAAGUAGUAGAAACUGCGGGGUCGAUUCAGAGGCGGCGUCCUAUUUGCCGCAGCUGAUGGAUUUUUCGUCCGACGAAAAUCAUAUAAGAACUACUACUUGUGCACGUGCUUCCGAGGGAUCUCACGUGACCUGCUUCUCCAAUCCAAUGGAGGAGCCACGAGAUAUAACACCGUUCGAUGAUUUCAGUUCUUCGUCUUCUUCGAGAGACUUCCGUUUCUCGCCUUUUCCGUUUGUUCUUCCACAUAAUUCUGUUUUCGUUGAAAACAAAAGCUUUCCGAAUGUGAAGCGAAACGGUGAAGGGGAAUUCUCACAGGAUAUGUGUUCUGCCAUGUCGUCGUACAAUGAAGUGGGAUAUUUGCCUUACGAAGAUCAAGAAUUCCCGAUUAUUUCGACUGCACAAGUUGACCUCGAUUGCUUGUGGAAUUACUGAAUUUAUUAAUUAUAAAAAGUGUCGAAUGUCUUCUUUGGGUAAAGUAGUAAAUGCAGAUUGCUUGUUUCUGUAUAGGUUUUCGAUUAUGUACUCGUUUACGUAUGUCCGAUAUUUCGACGAAGAACUGUCGAAGUUUGCAAUUAAAGAUUCUUGCUAAAUCUAUGGCAUCAACUUUUUU